AUGUCGUCUUUAGCGGAGUACUUGAAGCGGUACACGUCGGAUGGGCCAGCGGGGGGCGAGGAGAAGAAGAAGAAGAAAAAGAAAAAGAAGGGCGCCGCACCCGCGAAGAACGCGGGAGGGCUCGUUCUGGUGGACGCUGACGCCACGUGGCAGAAGCCGAUUGGCGAAGAGGCCGAUGAGGAAGAAGAUGAGCCGGUAACGGAUGCUCCCCAGGUGGAGGAGGACGUGGAGGUUCGGCGACAGCGACGCCUAGAGGAGGCUCGGAAGCGAGAGCUGGAAGUUCGGGAGGAUGGGAGCGGAUGGGUUACUGUGGAUCGGACACAGGCACGGGGAGGGGGAAGAGGAGAUGGGGAAGGAGAGGCAGGGGGUGUUGGGGGGUCAGUUGAGGGCGGCAGGAGGGGAAGGCAUGACAGCCCGGACCUCUCUCCCCCUCGCCGAGCCAGACACUACUCCCCGGACCUGUCGCCUCCUCGGCGCCGAACCGGAGAAGACUCUCUGGACCUGUCUCCCCCCCGUCGAGGCAGGAGAGGACGGCAUGACAGCCCUGACGGGGACGAGGGGGGCGACAGGAGAGACGGGGGAGAGGGGAGAGAUGAGAGAGAGGAGAGAGAGAGGUGGGGCAGAGAAGGGAAUAGAGGAAGGGUGGUAAGAGAUGGUGGUGGAGGGACGAGAGGGGAUUCACCUGACCUGUCUCCCCCUCGAAGGGCCACAAGGGGCUCACCAGACCUGUCCCCUCCUCGGAAGAGAAAGGCCCAAUCUUCCAAUCUUUCCCCUCCUCGCCGAGCCAGGCAUGACUCGCCGGACCUGUCGCCUCCUUGCCGAGCCAAAGACGUUUCGCCAGACCUGUCGCCUCCUCGAAGGGGCAGAAAGGGCUCACCGGACCUGUCUCCCCCGCGCCGAACCAGAAACGAUUCACCAGACCUGUCUCCUCCUCGCCGAGCCAGGCACGACUCGCCAGACCUGUCCCCACCCCGCAAGAACAGGAAGGACCCGUCCCCGGACCUCUCCCUGCCCCGGCGCCAAACCAGAAAGGGCUCACCGGACCUGUCCCCGCCUCGUCGCCGAACCAGACAAGUGUCCCCGGGCCUGUCUCCACCCCGACGCCAAGCCAGGCAGGCCACCCCGGACCUCUCUCCCCUUCGACGCCGAGCCAGACAAGACUCACCGGACCUGUCUCUGCCACGAAAGGGGUCGGGGAAACAGGCAGGAACGCAGGGUGGGGGGAGCAUGUGGAAGGGGGGAGGGGGGAAGGCGGAGAGGAUGAUGGAUGGGAGCCUGGCGGGGCUGAGGAGCGGCAAGGAGGUGAUGGCUGAGGCUGAGGAGAAGAGGGCAAAGGACGAGGCCAGGUUCGCCCAGCUGGAUCCGUCCAUCAGUGGUCGGGGGGCGCAGACUGUGUACCGCGACAAAGCAGGCAAGCGAGUGAGCAAUCUGGAGGCCAUCAUGGCGGAGGAGAAGGCCAAGAAGAGCCGCGUGCUGCCGCCACCCGAGUGGGGCAAGGGUCUGGUGCAGAAGAGGCAGGCGGAGAGGCAGCAGGCUGACCUGGAUGCCGUGGCUGCCUGCCCGUUCGCUGCCUACGACUCCUCGUGUCCCCCUCACAGCUCCUCGCUGCUCUUCCCGUCUGCUCUCCUCCCGAUCUGUUACUUUGUCCCCUUGUCCCCGAAUGACGAGGAGCGAGAUCGCAUGCUCAAGAAUGCAGUGCGCUUUGGCGACCCCAUGGCACAUCUCGUCAAGAGCAACAUAUCAGCAGAGGCCCUGCUGGAGGACCUCAGUCGCGACCCAGCCAUGCAGGCCUCAGGCUUCACCGUGUCACAGGCCGUGUCCUUUAUCUUGAUAUCCUUCCCAACUCCUCCCACCCCUCCUCUCCCGCACCUGCAUGCACACGCAGAGCAACAUAUCAGCGGACGCCCUUCUAGAAGAUCUCAGUUGCGACCCAGCCAUGCAGGCCUCAGGCUUCACGGUGCCGCAGGCCAUCCCCUUAGAGCUUAUCCUCUCCCCCCUCUUCUCCCCCACCUCACCUUCAUACACAUGCAGAGCAACAUCUCGGCAGACGCUCUUUUGGAGGACCUCAGUCGAGACCCAGCCAUGCAGGCGUCGGGCUUCACCGUGCCACAGGCCAUUCCCCCUCACAGCUGGCUCAAGCGCCGCGUGUCCGCCCCGCACAACCGCUACGGCAUCCGCCCCGGCCGCCACUGGGAUGGUGUUGAUCGCAGCAAUGGGUUUGAGCGGGAGAUGUUCAAGCAGAAGAACGAGAUGCAGGCGCGGGAGCAGGAGGCCUUCAUGUGGUCCGUUGCUGACAUGUAG